AUGAAUAUGAACUCAUCACUGGCUGCUCGGCGAAGAGUAGUACCUGCUGAGGUAGACACGACAAAUCAUGAGUGGUUCUAUCCCAAAAAGACCGUCGAGAAACAGCGCCCCAACUCAGGGGCAACCUUCUUCGAUGACACGGAUUCUGAGAGUGGUGACUGGCGCCAAUCGCACCGGCAGAGUAUGCAAUCGUACAGUAACGGGAGCAACACUACCCUUUCGAGCCCUGAGCUACCCACUCCAGACCUCCUGCCAAGAAACCUGCCUACCUUUCGAUCAAGUAAGGAACUGAUUGCGGGCCCUUCAGGUCCUGAUUUGUUCAGAGGAUCCAGGGGUUCGACUGUGGAUGUUGAAUUCUAUCUUGAACCGUCACCUUCGCUCGAUUUCAAGUCACUUACACAGCCUGAGUUUGUCAACCCGCAUCAGGCUGAGUUCGUCAACCAAUACCAGGCCGAGUUCGUCAAGUACCAGGACGAGCGCCCCAACCAGUACCAGCCUGAGCGCUCCAACCAGUAUCAGCCUGAGUUCGUCAACCAAUACCAGGAUGAGCGCCCCAACCAGUAUCAGCCUGAGCGCCCCAACCAGUAUCAGCCUGAGCGCUCCAACCAGUAUCAGCCUGAGUUCGUCAACCAGUACCAGGAUGAGCGCCCCAAUCAGUACCAGCCUGAGCGCUCUAAUAAGUACCAGGCUGGUCGCUCCAACCCUUAUCUGUUAUCUCCUAAGACACCAAAGGCUUUUCCACGCAACCCCGAUGUGUCUCAUCUAUCAAAGAAGGAGAUUAGGAACUGGGAUCCUAGCCAGGUCGCUCACUGGCUAUUUAUCGGUGGAUAUCCCGAUGAUAUCCGUGACACGUUCCUCAAAAAUGAUAUCACCGGCGACAUUCUAAUGACCUUGACAAAGGAUGAACUCGAGUACCAACUCCGAAUCCAAUCUAUGGGCAGACGUGUCCAGCUCAUCCAAUCGAUUGAUUAUCUCCUCGAGAACAUGCAGACGAGACCGAUUCCAGAAACACCGUCUCAGUUUCCGUCCGAGGCGGCGUCUUCUAACGGGAGAAGAUCCCCCGAAUCGUUCGCCCCCCAGGAAUUGGCUCCUAAAAGAACCCCUACAGGCCAAUCUUAUACAAUGUCUAUUUCGCCUGACGGUAAAAUUCUCUCUUCGCAUGCCUUUGGACAGAGUGGGGAUCAAAGCACCGCAGACGCAGAGUCUGUAUCGAUUGUUGGAAUCGAGGAAUUUCAUCCGAAGCCCCACAGGUGCUCCAAAGGAGAGAAAUGCAGCAAGUUCAAGAAGCUCAAGGAGAAGCGCCUGAAGAAGCUUACUACAGAGUAUCCCGGCGCAGAUUUUCAGGGGGGUGCUAUCUUUGUAGGCAGCCCCGGAAAUCCUGAAACCGCGAGAAAUCUUCUCCGGCCCACGUCCGAGGCCGAGCUUUCAGCGAUGGCAUCCUCAAAUAUCUUUGGUCCUCGGUCCGGACCAAGACUCUCUGAGGCAGCUCUGAGCGAAGUUCAACGCUUAGAUCCACAAGAAACAAUCCGAAACUUUCUCAGGCACCAGCAUAUCGAUGACUUCCCCAAGCCUGGACCCCUUGGGCUGGACACUUACAAUCUUCCGCCGGCAGACGACUUUGAGGACAUCUCCCCGCUGAAUGCCCAGUCAAAUUCUAUGGCCGCAAAUCUGCGCAGUCUUCCGAGGCUUACGAUACCAACAAGCCCGCUCACGGAAGAUAUGACAACCGCUGUUACCACCAACAGAUACUUCACUCCUACUCAUCAGAAUGGCUCUCCUACUGCUGUUCAGCAAUUUGGCCCUUUCAGUCAGGUUCAUCAAGCCCAAGCAACUGAGACCUACCGCCAAGGUACACCAUUCUCCGAAGUUGAUGUCCCUAUCACUGCAAUCCCCAGUGAUCCGAUAUCCCGUGAUGUGUCUCAAUCUGUUCCCCCAAGUAUGCAAUAUGGAACCUUGUUCCCUCCGUACCGAGAUGCCAAUCACCUCUCACGGAGCAACUCGACCCGUCCCAGUGAUGAUCUCCCUCUCCGUGAUGCCAACUAUUUUGCACGGAGCACUUCGACACGUCCUCGCGAUGCUUUCCCUCUCCGGCAGGUGAACGAGGGCAAGCCUCUGACCCCGAUCGAUGUUCCCGCAGACCUGAUCCGAAGCCCCCGCGUGAACCAGUAUGGUAACAGCAGCUCGCUAGCUCUGGCCGAUCCGGAAGUUACCCAUGCGGGAUACAUGAAAAAGCGCAAGACCACACGUCUGCUCAGACACGAGUGGUCCGACGCACACUUCACGCUCCGUGGCACCAACCUGGCCAUGCACAAGGACGAGCGUGAUGCGCACCGCAUUUCGAGGGCCCUGGAAAACAUUGAGGUCGACGAAUAUGCCGUCGCUUGCUCGUCGCUGGCGACAAGCUCCAAGCUGACGGCUGCGUUCAAGCGCUCGAUCUUACGUAACGGAAACAGUACCACUGACAUUCGUGAUGGUACCGCUUUUGCUUUCUCGCUUAUUCCAGCUACAAAGGAGAGUGAGAAAAAGGCUCUGUUUGGAAACAGCGCUGUUAAAACCCACCACUUCGCUGUCAAGUCUCGUGAGGAGCGCAUCGACUGGAUGCGUGAGCUUAUGCUUGCCAGGGCCCUGAAGAAGGGUAGAGACGGCGAGGAUGGCACGUCUAUGGAUGGGAAUAUGAUUUGA